AUGCCUAAAUCAAUUGGAUCUUCAUCAGAACACUUGGUAGAGCCUGUUCAAUUUAAAUCAAGACAAGCUUUUAGCGAAUCUGUCAGGCUAAAAAUGUGGUGGUAUGAUGCUUAUGAACAGUUUUACAAAGGAUCCGUUUAUAUUUUCGGAAAGACGUUCAAUGAACCUAAAAACAAAUAUGAAAGUUGUUGUAUUUUACUACAAGGUAUUUCAAGAGAAAUUUAUAUUCUUCCGAGGCAGUACAAAGUGAAUGAUGCCGGAGAAGGGAUGGCAGAAAAAGUAACUUUAAACGAUUUAAAAGCAGAAUUAAACGAACUAUUAAAACGAAAAGGUAUUUUCGACUAUACGUUGACAGAAUGCAAGCGCAAAUAUGCUUUUGGCACACCUGAUAUUCCAUCUGAAGCCAUUUAUAUCAAAUUAUGUUACAGUUACAAAGAUUAUGAAUUACCCAAUACAUUGAGUGGAAAUACGUUUAGUCAUAUUUUUGGUGCAAGUACAGGUCCACUUGAACAUUUUAUUAUCAAAAAGGAUGUGAUGGGUCCUUGCUGGCUAGAUAUUCAGAAUGUCAGAUUGACGGACACUACUCAAUCAUGGUGUGCUUUGAACGGUGUUAGUUUGAUGGACAAUUGCUCUGUAGCUGAUCAAGGAGAGGAAAUGCCACCCUUAACAGUAUUGUCUUUAAACUUAAAAACAAGAAUGAACAGAAGCAUAAAGUCGAAUGAGAUUAUUGCUGCAAGUGGAUUUGUUCGCAAGAAUGUAAGCAUUCAACAAGAGGAUAAAUUACCCGUAAAUGCUUCUUGUUUUACAUUUCUACGCUUACUGCCCAACACACGUUAUAUACCCGAUGCCAUUCAGCAAGACAGUCAAAGCACAAACCAUCAUGUCUAUUUUGAAAACUCAGAAGAAGCUCUUUUGAAUGGCUUACUCAGCAUGAUCCAUCGUAUUGACCCAGAUAUCAUUGUUGGUCAUAACUUUCUUGGCAUCAGCCUAAACAUAUUGUUGCAUCGAAUGAAACACUACAACAUUGAUUAUUGGCACAAAAUAGGUAGACUUCGAACUUGCAAAUGGCCCAAGUUGUCCUCUGGUUUUGGUAGUGAUGUUUCCAGUUUACAAGAACGUCGUCUAAUGAGCGGAAGAAUUGUGUGCGAUACGUUUGUUACGUCUAAAGAUCUUAUCAAGAGCAAAUCUUAUGAUUUAACACAACUGGCUUCUUCGCAACUCCAUAUUGUGCGUGAGGAUAUCAAACCUGAUGAUCUUGAAAAGCAUUAUGAAACUGGAGAAGGGCUACUUUUGUUUGUCAAGCAUUGUUUGUAUGACGCCUAUCUCUCCUAUCGAUUGAUGACUAAAAUGAACGUCUUGCCACUCACAAAGCAGCUCACAAAUCUAUCAGGUAAUUUAUGGUCGCAUACUCUUUAUGGCGCGCGUUUAGAACGUAAUGAGUAUCUUUUACUUCAUACGUUUUAUCGCAAGAAUUACAUAUGCCCAGACAAGACAUUUAGAGAAAAACGACAGCUACAGUUGCUAGAUCAAGAUUUAGGUAAGCAACGAGUGACAUGGAAAACAACCAAUUCAGAAUCAAACUCGUUUGUUGGUGGUCUAGUACUUGACCCUAAAGUGGGUCUGUAUGAUGAUUAUGUCUUGCUAUUGGAUUUCAACAGUUUAUACCCUACUAUUAUGCAAGAAUUCAAUGUGUGUUUUACAAGUAUGAGAUCUGAUCAAGAUCGCGUAUUUUUUAGCAAUGAAUCCAUGGGUGUCUUGCCAGAACUUGUCAGUAUGUUUAUCGAACGAAGAAAAAAGAUCAAGCAAUUGAUGAAGGCGCCUGGUGUGGGCAAAGCUCACCAAUCACGCUAUGAAAUUGAACAAAUGGCUCUCAAGUUAACUGCCAACAGUAUGUAUGGUUCUCUAGGUUCAUCCGUUUCUCGUUUUCAAGCCAAGUCACUUGCUAUGUUUAUUACAGAAAAGGGUCGAGAAAUUCUUCAAAGUACUGUGGAUUUAGCAAAAGAAAUGGGAUUGGAUGUGAUUUAUGGUGAUACAGACUCUGUCAUGAUCAAUACUCAUCAAAAGAAACUUGCUGUAGCAAAAGCUAUGGGUGAACUCUUUAAGCGCAGAGUCAAUCGUCAUCAUCGAUUACUUGAGAUUGGCAUUGAUGGGGUAUUUAGACGCACACUUCUCUCUCGUAAAAAGAAAUAUGCUUCUCUAGUCGUUACUCAAUCUCGAGACGGCCAUUGGCAAGAAUCCAUGCAGGUGAAAGGAUUUGAUUUAGUGCGAAGAGAUUGGUGUAGUCUAUCACACGAUGUAUCUGAAUAUGUUCUUAAGACUAUUUUCUUUGAACCAGAUCAAAAGACAACGGUGGAUACUAUUCAUCAAUAUCUCAAGACAGUAGCUCAAAAGGCCAAAGCAGGAGAAUAUGCCAUUCAUGACUACAUCAUUCGAAAACAACUCACGAAAUCGCUUGAGGAGUAUAGUGGCUCUAGAUCCAAUCCUCAUGUUAUGGUUGCUAAAGAAAUGCGUCGUGCUGGUCGGAUGGUACGGGUGGGCGACACUAUUUCCUAUGUGAUGUGCAAACAGGAUUCCAAAUCUUCUCCUCCAGUGGCUCGUAUGAUUGACGAUACAGAUAUUGAAUGGUACUUGAAAAAGCAAAUUUUGCCUCCUGUUUAUAGAUUGUGUCAACCUAUACAAGGUACUGACAUACAACAGUUAACAGCACAACUUGGUUUGGAUAUGAAGGAUUUGGUACAAGAAAUGGAAACUAUGCAACUGGAGAAAUUAGAGAAAGAAGAAGAUCCUGACUUCAUCUUGUUAAAUGAUAUUAACCGUUACAGCCAUAUUGAGCCUCCUACCUUUGAAUGCUUUGCAUGUAGCCAUCUCAGCAUUUAUACAGGACCUAUUCAAGUAGAAAACGGACACAUGGUUUCUGGAUUAACAUGUUCAUCUUGCCAUUCUGUGAUGAACGCUGCUAGUAUCUGGUGUCAAGUUCGACUGAAAAUAGAAUCUCUUGUGGAAAAAUGCUACAAUAGAAUAUUAGUCUGCAGUAAUAAGUCAUGCGAUUUUUAUACUCGAAAUGAAAGUGAAACUCAUUGUUUGGUACCUAACUGCAAUGGAAACUUGGUUCCUGAGAUUUCUGAUAGAAGUUUAUAUAAUCAAUUAUGCUAUCUUUCUCAACUGUUUGAUUAUCCACAAGCAAGGGAAAAGGUGCCAGAUAAUUUAGAAGAUCAUGUCUCGCAUUGUCAAUCAGAAUUUGCCAUGAUAAAGCAACGUAUUGAUCAGUUUAUUGAGCAUUCAAACUAUCGGUUUGUUAAUAUUUCAUGGGCGGCUUAA